AUGGAGCCGCCCGCGUGCACGCUACUGCUGCUGGCCUGCGCAGGCGUCGCGCUCUUCGAGGCCGCGCACUCGCAGGAACACUGCGACACCAAGCAGUUCGGAGAGACAUCUGAGAAUGAGUAUAACCUGAAGGAGCUGCGCAUGGCGCCCGGCGAGCUCUUCCUGGAGAUCAACGGCACUAACGUUUGUGUAGAUGCGGAAAUGGUCGGCAUAAAAGUGUCCGCUUGCGACACUGAGCAGGCGCCAAGGGUGUACGUGCGGGAGAUGCAAGGCGUGGUGGUGCGCGAGGGACACUUGAGUGGUGCAGCCUCCGUAUACACAACGGUCUUCUGUGCCGCUGGCUCUAAAGUAGCAACAGGCGAGGACGUGCAGCCAGAACAGCCAUUGUCAUCUGAAGAGGCUAGACUCAGUUCUGAAAAAACGACUUUACCGCUGCAGUCUGUCUCGACACCACUGCCACUUAGAAGAGAGUACACAUCAAUGAUUUCCUCAUCCAAAGAACCAUUAUCAGUUCUGCAUUUUGAGUCUCGAUUUUCUUCAAAUGGUCCAUUAAAAUUACCUCAAAUUGCAGUGAGCCAGUUACCAAGGUUCGAGGAUGUCCGGAGACCCCACGGACCACCAUCACUGGGGCAGGCCAACACUGCUCCGUUGUCAAUUCUAAAAUCAUCUUUGUUACAUAAAACAAGUCACCCUUCAUUUAUGAAUGGAUUUUUAGCUUGGCCUAAAAAAAGAUCGCCUCCUUGGCGCGAAAUAUCUCUACACUUACCUAGAUUGCCACUAGGUCCAUGGAAUGUCCAUCAAACACCAGCGUGGCUGCCACAACCAAUAAGACCUUUACCUUCACCGUGGGCAAUACGACGACCAAAUUCUCAUUGGGACACACGAAAAUAUAUGUCAGGAUAUCGUAACAUGCAUCCAAGAGGUUAUAUUAGUUACCCUGGACCAUCUUAUGAUGAAGUUCUCUCUUUACAUGGCUCUGAACUUGGCCCGAGUACCAGGUUCACUAAAACUGCACCUUUCAUGCAUUAUCGUUUCUUUAGGCGGCCGAGGUGGACACAGUCACCUCAUUGGAUCAAAGAUUAUCCCACUUUAACACAUGAGCAUCCCUCGCUAAUGCCAAUAAAACACGUAUCAUGUAACCACCUGGAGAAUAUACCAUCAAUACAUAAACAAUGUCCAGAUCUAUUGAAAGAAAGGGAAUAUAUGACACAGCGACAGGUGCGUCCGCAACCACUGAUAUUACUGCAAGAACAAAAUGUAUGCGGAAGAUGUUCAUGUUGUGGAUCUACUCAUUUCGUUGAAGAUGUUGAUGCGUGCUUGUCAGGACUAUCAUCACAAUGUCUUACAGAUGACGGUGUUCCUUGGCUGCCAGAUUACUCAACAGACUAUUCAAUUGUUGAUGUUGAUACACGAGGAUCAUAUUUUUCGCCAAGACUGUACAUCGAACCCUGGAAGUUAUCAAACCUGCCUCCGGUUGCCAGUGGAAAUUGUAAGCGGUGCCUGCAGUUACAAUUUCCAUCAGUUUAUAAACAAAAAUUUUCUGAUUCGUCUUUAUCUGAAUCGUUCGAUCAUUCUCUGUUACUAGCGCCUCUACCAUCCCUAGUAGUGGAGCAGCUGCCAUGGUGCCUGAAAUGUCUUCCCAUGUCCCCCCGGCACAGAGUAUACACACUGUCUGACUAUCUCUGUGAUUCACGGCCGGCGGUAACGCCCACGGUCCAUCAUUCAUUGCCGUGGGUCGAAAAAUCCAAGUUAUUGUUGGGAAAGGAAGUAAGUGCGCCGUCAUUAGGAUUAUCGGCGCAACUUUCCCCUGUACAGCCGUGGAACUUCUUGUUGCUACCACAUCCAACUUACCGCGACUCGACACACGUUAUCCGGAUCUGACAAGGAUUGUGAGUACAAGGGAUUAUUUUAUUAUGUUAUGUGUUUAUAUGUGGGACAAUAAAAUAGUUU